UCGAUUCUGGAGGAAGUAGAGAAGAGCCUUAGCAGCAAAAGUGCAACGGAGAAGCUGCCUCAGCAGCAGCAGCAGCAGCAGCAGCAGCAGCAGCAGCAGCAGCAGCCAGGCCAAAUCGAGGCCGGCGCCGACGCAGCAGCAGCAGCCGCAGCAACGGCAGCAACCACAGCAACAGCAGCAACUGCAGCAGCGGCUCCCUCUGCGUCUUCAUCAAGAGCUCAGCCGCCAGAAACUGCAGCAGCAGCAACAGCAGCAGCAGCAGCAGCAGCAGAGCUACCUGAGCUUGACCUGCUGAGUUCGGAGGAGACGAGCGGCAGCGACAGCUCUUGGGAGGCCCCAGAAGGAAAGCGGAAGCCAGCAGCAGCAGCAGCAGCAGCAGGAGGAGCAGCAGCAGCAGCAGGAGCAGAAGCAGAAGAAGCAGCAGACGCAGAAGCAGCAGACACGGAUCCCAAGUCCGAAGAAGACGAGGAAGACAGCAGCGCGGAAGAGUCGGACUUCGCUGUUGCUGCUGCUGCUGCUUCGCAGCAGCAGCAGCAGCAGCAGCAGGUUGACUACAGCGAACUGGACGAUAGCUGCUCGCAGCAGUACUCGCGUCGCCUGCAGCAGCAGCAGCAGCAGCUUCAGCAGCAGCAGGAGGAGGAGCCCGUGCUGCUGUGCGGCUGCUUCAAAGUUCCUGCUGCAGUCUACCGCCAGCUGCUGCCGCACCAGCAGCAGGGCCUCGAGUGGCUGCUGCUGCUGCUGCAGCAGCAAACUGGAGGCCUUUUGGGGGAUGAUAUGGGCCUCGGCAAGACAAUUCAAAUUGCUGCUUUUGUUGCAGCGCUGCACAACUCCGGCUUCCUCAGUGCACGCUGGCCCUUCCAAGACCGCCGCAGGCAGCUCCUUAGCAGCAGCAGCAGCAGCAGCAGCGGCAGCAGCAGCAGCAGCAGCAGCAGCGAAGGAGGGGUGCUGCUGGUCUGCCCAGCUACAGUGCUGCCGCAGUGGCUCAGAGAACUCCACAAGUGGUGUCCCGCAGUUAGGGUUUGCGUUUUUCACGACAAAGAUUUAAAGGGUUUGCGAGCUGCUGCUGUCGCCGCGAGCAAAUCGAAUGGAGUUUUGCUGACGACUUAUGAAACAUUCAGGAGACACCUGAAUCUGCUGCUGAGCUUCACCUGGAAAAUGGCGGUUUUAGAUGAAGGCCAAAAAAUCAAAAACCCUCAUGCGGCCAUCACCCUCGCCGUCAAAAGGCUGGGGACUCCGCACCGGUAUUUGCUGUCAGCAACUCCGAUUCAAAACAGUUUAAUUGAACUUUGGUCUGUUGUCGAUUUUGUGUCUCCGGGAAGACUGGCAACUUUGCCAGUUUUCCAGCAGCAAAUUGCAGACCCCAUUCGCGAGGGCUCCUUCGCGAGUGUAUCUUCUGCUGCUGCUGCUGCUGCUGCUCGUUGCGCGCUGCUGCUGCAGCAGCUGGUGGCGCCGUUGCUGCUGCGGCGCCGCAAAGAAGAAUGCAUGCAGCACCUUAAGCUGCCCCCCAAGAAAGAAGAAGUUUUAUUCUGCGCUCUAACUCCCAUACAAUAUGAGGUGUAUAGAGAUGUGCUGCACGCAUUUUGGGGACAGCAGCAGCAGCAGCAGCAGCAGCAGCAGCAGCUGGGCAAGCGGCAGCUGCGCAGCAAAGCUUUUGCUGCUCUUGCAGUGCUGCGGAAGAUCUGCAACCACCCAGAUCUCGUGCUGCAGCAGCAGCAGCAACAGCAACAACAGCAGCAGCAGCAGCACAGGCAACGCCUUAAGCAGCUGCAGCAGCAGCAGGAAAUGAUGCAUAUGCUUCCCCCAAACGUAGAAGUUAAACGCAGGCGUCUCCAGCGGCAGCAGCAGCAGCAGCAGCAGCAGCAAACAGAAUCCACAGAGGAAGCAACAACAACAGCAGCAGCAGCUGCAGUUCCAGGGGACUUCGGCUCCCCGAGCAGGUCUGGGAAGCUGCGGGUGCUGAUGGCGAUGCUGAGGGUUUGGCAGCAGCAGCAGCAAAAAGUAAUUGUGUUUUGCCAGACGCAGCAAACCCUAAAUUGCAUUGCUGCUGCUUUGGAGGCCUCGGGUGUACAGACACCGCAGCAGCAGCAGCAGCAGCAGCAGCAGAAGAGGGAGAGAAGCAGGAAGGGAAGCAAGGAGCAGCACAUGUCAAAAGAAGAAACAAUUCGAGAAGUGGAAAUUAAAAAGGAAAUAAAUAAAAAAGAUUUAAAUGAAAAUUCAAAAAAACUUUUUUUAAAACUCGAUGGAUCCACUCCAGUUGAAAAAAGGCAAAAAGUCAUCAACUGCUUCCAAAACCUCCCAAGUGUCUUCAUUUUGCUGGCAACAACGCGGGUGGGAGGCGUGGGCCUCAGCUUGACAGCAGCAAAUCGAAUUGUCAUUUUCGAACCCGACUGGAACCCCAUGACCGAUUCGCAGGCUCGCGAGCGCUCGUGGCGUCUGGGGCAGCAGCGGCCAGUUUUCGUUUAUCGGCUUUUAGCUGCGAAUACACUCGAAGUGAAAAUUUACCAAAGACAACUUUUUAAGGGUUUUCUGUCUUCGCGGAUUUUAGACAAGUGCAAACAACCCAACAAGUUCAAGUACAGGAACAAAAUUCGCUGCAGCUACAUGAACGCUGUUGCUGCUGCUGAGAUUGACGAGCUCAAAGCUCUGGCAGGCAGCAGCAGCAGCAGCAGCAGCAGCAGCAUGAGCAGCAGCAAAAGGGAGGACUGGCUCGGCACAGCAGAAGCAGCAACGGGAGAUGCGCAGCUGCUGCAGUCGCUAUUCGAAAAUGAGGGGGUACAGCAUUCGUUGGAUCAUGAACAAAUGGAAAUGCCACAACAGCCAAAGGGCCUUAAGGAGUCCAAAGAAAUCGGUGCCAACUUGGACUGGAAAAAAGGGUACAGCUGGGAGGCCGCGGGGGCCCCCUUGAGUAAAGAAGACGCAGAAAUGGCGGAGGGCCUUCUCGAGUUUUUGCUGUCAAAGAAAAAAGACAAUUAUGCAGCUUCUACUGGAGAGAUCCUGGAAGCUUUCGCUUUUCGCGUUCCAGAGCAUCGCAAACAAGUCUUUCGGGCAAUUUUGAAGCAGCUAUGCAUCUUGCGGCGUAGCGAAGACCCCGAGAAGGAGCCGAGCCUCUGGCAGCUGCGCGAGGAGUUCAGGGCCUAG